AUGUCAGACAGUAUAAAAGUUGCUAUUAAAGUGAGACCUUUUAUUAAACGUGAAAAGGAUGAUAAUCUAGCGAUACAAUGGGUAGUUCAAGAAAACUCCAUUAUUUCUACAGAUCCAGAGAUGAAAAAGCGUGGAGAUGGAGGAUUUGUCUUUGAUCAUAUAUUUGACAUGAAUGCAUCUAAUUCAGAUGUAUUUAAUACUGUUGUAAAACCGAUUGUUAAUGCUGCUGUAAAUGGCAUCAACGGAACUGUGUUUGCCUAUGGUCAAACAAGUUCUGGUAAAACAUAUACUAUGAUGGGUAUUGAAGAAGAACCAGGGAUUGUUCCACUUGCUGUGCAACAUAUGUUUGAUGCCAUUGCUAAUACUACUGGACGCGAAUUUUUAUUAAGAGUAUCGUAUUUAGAAAUUUAUAAUGAAAGAGUUAAUGAUCUUUUGAAUAAAAGUGGAACUGAUUUAAAAAUAAAAGAAGAUGGCAGUGGGCAGGUAGUUCUGCAAUGUAAGGAAGAAAUUACAAAUAGCCCUGAAAAUGUGUUAUCUAUAAUGAAAAAAGGUGAUAAGAAGAGAAGAAUAGGAGAAACUAAUAUGAAUGAACGUAGUAGUAGGAGUCAUACUAUAUUUAGAAUUACAGUUGAAAGUAGAGAAGCUGGGGGGGAUUCAGAUAGUGCUAUACAAGUAUCACAAUUGAAUUUAGUAGAUCUUGCUGGUUCUGAGAGAGCACGACAAACAGGAGCUACAGGAGAAAGAUUUAAAGAAGGAAGACAUAUUAAUUUGUCUUUGUCCACACUAAGUUUAGUGAUCAUGCAGUUAAGUGAAUCACAGGAUGGUCAAAAACAUGUUAAUUUUCGCGACAGUAAAUUAACAAGGUUGCUUCAGAGUUCAUUAGGUGGUAAUGCUAUGACAGCUAUAAUAUGUGCUGUGACUCCUGCUGCUUUAGAGGAGACUCAGUGCACUUUAUCUUUUGCAUCUCGUGCAAAAAGUGUGAGAAACAAACCGCAGAUUAAUGAAGUUAUGUCUGAUGCAGCACUUUUAAAACGUUAUGCAAAACAAUUAUCUAAACUUCAAGAAGAAUUACAGAGAAUAAAAAAUGAAAAUCGAUCUGCAGAAGUUGAAGAAAUGGAAUCGAAAUUGCAAGAAAAGGAGCGCAUUAAUCAAUUACUAGAAGAGCGCAUAGAAUUGCUAAAAACUCGUAUUCUUUCUGGAGAUAAUAUUAGUCAAGAAGAUUUAAUCAAACGUAAAUCUAAAAGGAGGCAGACAUGGGGUGGUCCUGGGAUAUUUAAUCAACAUUUGUCAACAUUUCAAUCUAAAAGUGGCUUACCAACCAUAAAUGAAGUAUCAUUUGAAAAGCCACAAAGGAAAAGCAUUAUUCAACCUAUGGAUAUAAUGAAUCAAACAUUUCAAACAGCUUUUGCUGAUUUUGAAUUAGAACUAUUUGAAAGUGAAAGAGAUCGUGAAUCUAGAGAAACUAUAAGUGACAGCGAUGAAGAAUUAUUUAUAACGAAACAUAAAAAUCGGGUUACAUUUAGAGAUGAUGUGUCUAUCAGGUCUAAAAAUAAUAGUUUUGAUGUAACACCAGAAAAAUGUAACAUGUUUACCCAAACUAUAGAUUAUCAGGCUUCUCCUUCUACACCAAAACAUGUUUUACGACAAUGUAUUACGGAUUUAACAAGAGAAUUUGUGCAACUUCGUGAAUUUACAACUCUAGAAAAACAGUUAAUAUGUCAAGAAAAUCAUUGUCAUGCACAGGAAGGGGAGGAAUAUUCUCCAGAAACGGAUUUAAAGCAAACCGAACAAAUAAAAUCAAUCUCAAAAUAUAAAGGAGAAUAUAUUCCAGAAGUCAAAGAACAGCUUGCAAAUCUUAAUCUUGCAGAAGAAAAAAAUUUAGUUCGUAUAAUUACUGAAUUAUGUAUUAAGUUAAAUGAAGUUCAGAAACAAAAUAUUUCUGAAGAAGAAUUACGUCUCAAAACAAUGAAACAAUUUUCAGAAUUAGAAAAAAAAAUUGAAAAUAUUACUUCUGAAAGAAAUGAAUAUGAAUAUAUGAGUUGUGAAUUACGUGCAGAGUUAAAGAAAAGAACAGCAGAAUUAGAAUUAAAAAUAAUGUCAGAGGAAAAUACAAAACAAGAAGAAAUGAAAAAAAUAUCUGGAAUAGAAAAACAAAUUGAGACCACUAUUUCAAAAAAAAAUGAAUUUGAGCGCAUUAAUGCUGAAUUAACAAAAAAAUUUACAGAAUUGCAAAAACAAAUCGAAAACGUAACUUCUGAACGAAAUGAAUUUGAGCAUAUGCAUCGAGAGUUACGUAUGGAAUUGAAUAAAAAAUCUAUAGAAUUAGAAAGAUUUAGUAAUAAUUCAGAAAAUGCAAAUAUUGAAUUAGUAAAUAAUAAAAUAAUAGAAUUGGAGACAAAAGUUGAAAAUAUUACAUACGAAAAAGAUAAGUUUAAACAGAUGAACGAUGAUUUACGUGUUGAAUUAAAAUGCAUAUCGUCAGAAUUUGAAUCCAAAAUUACUUCAAAGCAAACAGAAAAACAAAAUGCAAUCGAAAAAGUAUCUGAAUUAGAAAAAUAUAUAGAACAAAUUCUUUCAAGCAAAAAUGAGCUUGAACAGGAUAAUAUAGAAAUAAAAUCAAAAUUAGAUAACAAAAUUAUAGAUUUGGAAUCAAAAAUUGAAUUUGAACAAAUUUUAAACCAAAAGGUUUUAGAAUUUGAAAAACAAAUUGAAAAAAUCAUUUCUGAUAAAAAUGAAAUUGAAUGUAUGAACAGAGAAUUAAACAAGAAUAUUUUAGGACUAAAAUCCACGAUUUUGUCACAACAGACUAUAUACCAAGAGGCAAAUGAUAAGAUUUCUGAUUUGGAACAAAAAUUGGAAAAUGCAGUAUCAGAGAAAAAUGAAUUCCAACGGGUUAAUAUUGAUCUACAUACUACAUUAAAUAAAAAAUGUUCUGAUUUAGAGGAAAAAAUAAUAUCUAAGGAAACUGAAAAUUUGCAGGCAUUAGAAAAGAUUUCCGAAUUUGAAAAACAAAUCAUGAAUAUAACGUCUGAAAAGAAAGAGCUUGAACGCAUUAAUAAUGAAUUACGUAUUGAAAUGGAACAGAAAGUUUCUGAACAGGAGGAAAAAAUAAUAGCAGCACAAAAUGAAAAUCAAAAAAUAAUAGAAAAGAUUUCUGACUUAAAAACACAAAUUGAAAGCGAAACAUUGGAGAAAGAUAAAUAUGAGCGCACUAAUAUUGAAUUACGUUCUCAGUUAAAUGCAAAGAUUUCUGACUUGGAUUCAUAUAUAAUAUCAAAUGAAACUAAUAAUCAAAACACAAUGGAGAAAAUUUCUCAACUUGAAAAUCAGGUUACAAGUUUAACUUUUGAAAAAGAUGAGCUUAAACAUACGAAUAAUGAAUUACGUGCUGAGAAUAAUGAAUUACGUGCUGAAUUGAAGGCCAAAGUAGCAGAACAAAUUGAAUAUCAAAAUGCAACAGAAAAAAUUUGUGAACUUAAGAAACAGAUUUCAAAUACUAUACCUGAAAAGAACGAAUUGUGCUAUAUUAAUAAAGAACUGUGUGCUAGACUGAUUAAAAAAACUUCGGCAUUAAAGACAAAGAUACAAUCGGAAGAAAUUGAUAACCAGAAAGUAAUGGAAAUGAUUACUGAACUAGAAGUAGAAGUUGAAAAUAUAACAUCUACAAGAGAUGAUAUUGAAUAUAUUAUUACUGAAUUACGUGUCGAAUUGGAUAAAAGAGAUAAUACAUUAGAAUCAGAACGAAUUGAAAAUCAAAAAUUAAUAACGGAAGUCUCCGAAUUAAAUAAACAAAUUGAAUACGUUAAAUCGGAACGAAAUAAAUUUGAACACCUGAAUAAUCAACUAAACAUUGAACUCAAAGAAAAGACUUCUGAAUUUGAAUCAAAAAUCAUGUUAAAGCAAACUGCGUAUUUAGAAGCAAUGAAAAGAAUAUCUGAACUUGAAAAAAAAAUUGAAAAUAUCACUUCAAAAAAUAAUGAACUUGAAAGUAUUGUUGAUGAUCGAUUACCAGAUAUAAAAAAUUCAGAAUCAAAAUUAAAAAGCGAAUGUGAUUGCAUCAACAAAAAUAAUAAUAAUCAAAAAAAUUAUAUUGAGGAAUUACAGAAUAUUGUAACAAAUCUUCAAAUAGAAAAUCAAGGUAUGAAAGAUCAGCUGGGAAAUUAUUCUAUUCUAUCUUCUUCAGAAAUGGACAAAACUAAUGCAGAUACUUCGCAUUUAAUUCUAAAUAUGGAAACAGAAAAAUGUCAAUUAGAAGAAAAUCUUCAAUUAAAAUGUCAGGAAUUAGAAGAUAUAAGAAACGAUGUGCAAAGCCUUACAACAGAUAUUAAGAAAUUGGAGGAAACGAUUUAUUUACUAACAACUGAAAAUACAGAAAUGGCCACAAGAUUAACAACAGAACAAGAAAAUGCAAAACAGACGGAACUUUAUCUUCAGAAAACAAUUGAAGAACUUUAUGCACGUAUUUCAGAAGUUACAAAUGAGAAAAUUACUUUAGAUACUGAUUUAGCAACUUUGAAUGACCAAUUGAAUUCUAUGCGCUCUAAGAUGUCAGUAAUGUAUAAUGAAGAACAAUUGUUUGGAUCAUAUCAAAUUAAGAUCAAUAAAUUAACAAUGGAAAACAUCGAAUUAUCAACUUCUAUUACAGAGAAGAAUAAAGAGCUUGAGAAUAUCAAAGAAAGCAAGUCACUUUUAUACGAUCACGAUUGUAUUUAUAAAGAAAAAAUAGCUAUUAUUACAGAAAAGAAUGAUUAUUUACUAUUGGAAAAUAGCGAACUUUCUACAGACCUAAUAGACAAAAUAGAAGAAAAUGAUAUGUUGAAGGAACAAUGUAAUAUACUAAAAAGUAAAAUAGAACAAUUGCUAACAAUGAAUGAAAAUGUUACUGGAAAUGAUAUGGAACAUUUAAAAAUGACAAAUAAUACCUUGAAUGCAGAAAUUGCAGAAUUGAAAACAAAAGUAACAAUAUUGUCCGAAGAAAAUGUAAAAUUCUCUAGUAAUCUGUUGGAAACUAUAGACAAUCUUGAUUCUUCUCAAAAUGAAAAGUCAUGUAACAAUUCUUUACAUUUAUCAAAAAUAUUUAAUAGUAGUACAGAUGUUAAUGAAACAGAACAAAAAAUACCACAAGAAGAAACUUGUGAAACACUAAUAAAUAAAGUAGUAACAUUAGAGAACAAGAUUGAUCACCUUGUACGUCUAAACAAAAAACUUAGCGACUUAAAAUUAACUUCUUGUAGCCAGUGUGUACAUUUAAGAAAUUUGAAUGAAAGCCGUAGAGCUCUUAAGUUUGAAACAAAAGUUUUAAAUCAAAAGUUAGAAGAUUUACAAAGAAAAUUCGAUCGCAAAUGCGCAGAUACUGAAAUUUUGAAAAAUAAAAUAGAUCAAGAGUUAAAUUCUAGUGAACAUGAUGAAUCUUUAAAUAUUACUUUUGUAAAUGAAAUGAAUGUAAGUUUUGUUGAAGCAAGAAUAGAAAGUUUGAAUGAUGAGCUUCAAACUUUAAAAAUUGAUCAUGAUAAAUUAUUAGUUCUAUAUGAGGAUAAAUGUGAUGAGUUAAAACAACUUCAAAGUGAUGUAAUUAUAAACGCAACCAAUCCUGAUGAUCCUACAUCAAGGAAAAGUUUGGACAAAACCGGAAAUAGAAUAGAACAGAUUCAGAAUUGUAUUGACCAUUUAAAAAAUGAUAUGGAUAAAAUGAAGGAAAGCAGCAAGAAUUUUACUGCUGUGCUUAAUGAAGUUAAAACUGAAAAAGCGAAUUUGUUGAAUGAAAUUAACAGUUUAAAAGAUAUUAAUGAAGAAUUACAACAAAAAAUAUUAAAUAAUGAAAGUAUGGCACUAAAGAAAUUACAAAUCCUUGAAAAUGAAUUGACCAAUAUGAGUGGCGAAAUUGAACAGUUUUCCACGCGAGAAAAAGGAUUGGAAACUCAGAGACUAAUGUUAGAAGUAGAAUUAGAGAGUUUAAGAGUUGAAGAACAAAAUAAAAAUGUUUUGAUUAAUCAAUUAAAUGAACGUGUUACUUCUCUAAAAAGUGAGUUAGAUUUAGCUACAAAAAAAGAGUUACAACAUCUGAGGAAACAAUGUGAGGAAUUAGAAAAAGAAAAAAUUCAGUGUGAAGAAUUAGAACAACAUAAUAUAUUAAAGAUUAAAGAACUGGAAGUAUGUAUAAAUGAUCUUCAAAGAAACCUAACAAAUCAAGAAUAUUUUUAUAAAGAAUUUCAAAAGAAAAAUGUUUGUUUGGAAAAACUUUUGCAAGAAAGGGAGCAAGAAAAAUAUAUACUUACAGAAAAAUUACAAAUAGCUGAAUCUGAAAUAAUUAAUUUUAAGAAUAAUUUCGAACUGAAACAGCAACAUCAGCAACAUAUCAAAGAAUAUGAAAACAACAUGCAAAAAUUAAAUGAUACCUUAAAUAAAUAUAUUAAUGAAAAUUUAAAUUUAACACAAGAACUUGCUAACCUACGACGUACCGAAGAAAAAUUUAAUGAAAUAAUGGCAGAAAAGGAAUGCAUAUUUGCCCAACAAAAAAUGUUAGUCUGUGAUAAUGAGAAACUAAAUAAGGAAUUGUAUGACAUUAAAAAAUGUAUGCUCAAAGAACUUAAGUCACUAAAGUGUGAUGUAGAUAUGUCUGACUUUUCAAGUAAGUCCGUAAACGAAAUCUUUAAAGUCUUACUACAAACACUUGUAUCUAAAGAAGAAGAAGUAAUUAAAACCAUGCAGGAAGUAUAUGAAAGGAAACAACAGAAAGUGGAAGAAGAAAAACAACAAUGCAUAGAUACAGAGAAACGUGCUGUUACAUGGAUCAAAGAACUAGAAGCAGAAAUUGAGAAACUCCAAACAGAGUUAUUGGAACAAGAACGUGCUCAUAAGGAAUAUCAAAAUAAAAUAUCUCAAUUAGAGCAUCUUCUAAAUGAAAGUAAUCACGAAAAUGAAAUGUUUAAAGAAAAAAUUCAAUCAUUAGACACAGAUUUUAAUAAUUUACAAAAUGAAUUUGAAAAACAAUGCAAGGUUGAUAGUCAACAAGAAGAGGCAAUUUUUAUUGCUCAGAAAAGAGAAAAAGAAGUACAGGAAAUAUUUAAAGAUAAAGAAGUAGAAUUACAGUUGAAACUUAAAUCUGAGAGUGAAAUGUAUGAGAAAAAAAUGAACAAUCUCGUACAAACAAUAGAGUCAUAUAAAUCAAAAAAUUUAAUGUUAAAUAAUACUAUUAAUGAACUUCAAGUGAAUGAAAAACAAUUAAAAUAUAUCAUUGAAGCAAAUUCGAUUGAAAUAAAAAGAAACAACAAAAAUGUGGAAAAAAUAAAUGUAGAAUUUGAACAACUUAAGCAAUCUUAUACUCAAAUAAAUGAAGAACUUGUGCAUAAGAAUUUGCGCAUUGAAGAAAUGACGGCAAUUUUAAAAGAUAAAUGCGAUAUGUUGUCUGAAUAUACAAUAAAACUUAAAACAAUUGUUCCUGAAUAUGAAAUGUUGAAGGAACAUGUUAAUGAUCAAAAAGUAGUCAUAGAAAGAUGUAGAAAAGAAAUUGAAAUACUAAAAAAGGAUAGAGAAGACCAAUUGGAAAUUAUUAAGGAAAAGUUAAAUUCGGAAGAAAUAAAAAAUGCUAGACUAAGUAAACAGUUAAGCGAAUUGAACAAUAAAAAUGUCGUACUAAUAGAAGAAUUGAAUAGCUUGAAAGAAAAAUAUGAAGAUCUACAAGAAGCAAAUGCAAAACUAGAGAGGAAAAUUAGAAACAGUACUAGCAAAAUUAAAGCAGAAGCAGAAAUAGAAGAACUAAAAGAAUUGAAUAAACGAUUGCAAAAUAAUUUGGAAGGUGCGAGUAAUCGUGUAACGGAAUUUCAAGAGAUUAAAAAUCAAACUUUGAAAGAUUUGGUUGAUGUACAAGGUAAAUACGAACUAGUAUUGCAAGAAAAUAAUGAACUAAGAAAGUCAUUCUCGUUAUACAAAUCGAAAUACUCAAAUUCAAGUUCAUGGAUAGACGAAGGUAAAUACGAUGUACUUCUUCUAGAAAAGAAUAAGAUAGCAUUAGAAUUGGAAGAUAAAAAGGUAAUGCUAAAUCAGAAAGAUAAAGAAGUUAAAGAAUAUGUUAGUCAGAUACAACAAUUAACCAAUAAAAAUAAAGAACUGGAUGAAGAAUUAGAAGAAUAUGCAGCGAUAAUUAGGGAACGAAAUACCGAAAUCUCAGAACUAGAAGCUAAGUUGUAUUCUCGUUUAUCAGAAAAUGUACUUAUUAAUGAAGCAGAAGGGAAAUUAAAAGGUCUUAAUGAAGAAAAUGAAAAACUUCGUGAUCAGAUUGAAGCACUCAAAAUGAGAUUACAAAUGAAUGUAGAAGGAGACGUUAAAUUGCAAAAUGAAAACAUUAUACGAGCAUUACAGAAGGAAUAUUUGGAAUUACAAAUGAAGCUAAGUAUUUAUGAGAAACAGAUAGAUGGUAAUCGUCUUAAAGAAAUAGAUCAACUAAAAAGACUGGAUAAAACAUUUGAAAAUGAUUUAGGAGGCACAAGUAUUAUGCGUGUUAAAGAACUAGAGGGAGAAAAGAAUAGAAUAGUAAAGGAAUUAGAAGCACACAAAUUGUUACUGAACCAGAAGGAUGAAGAACUUAAAGGAUAUAUAAAUAAAAUACAAGAUUUAACAACACAAAACGAAGAGCUUGGUAAUCAGUUGGGAGAAUAUGCAACAAUCAUCCGUAGUCGUGACGCUGAAAUUUUAAAAUUAGAAACUAAGUUAAACUUAUGUUCAAUAGAAAACGAAUCAGAUAAUAAUAUAAAACAACAAUUAGAGUCUUUGAUAAUGGAGAAUGAAAAACUUAAAAAUGAAAUUAAAGAGCUUCAAAUGAUAUCAAGCAACGAAAUACACAGUGAAAAAGAUAUAAUUAAAGAUAGUAAAAGAAAACAAUAUAAUACUAUAAGAUCUGAUAGAGAUAUUAAUAAAUAUGAGAGUAAGUGUAACCAAUUGGAGAAAAAGAUUCAUGAAUUAGAAUUGCAGUUAGUUUCAAAAAAUGGAAAAAUUGCAACAUUAGAAAUACAAAUUCAAAGUGAAAAUUUUCCAUACCAAAGAAAGUGUAAAGAGUUGGAAGAAGUUGUACUCGCGUUUCGUAGCAAGAAUGCAGAAUUGAGCAAUGAAGUAAGGAAGCUGCGAAAAACUGUGAAUGAUGUUAAUACAUGGGAAUGUGAUGUCUGUAGACGAUGGUAUGUAAAUAGAAAAGAUCAAGCUUGUCAAACAAUACCCAACAAUGCAGUGCGUUUUUGCAGUACUAAUAGUGGAGUUGUUGAGGAUCAUGUGAAAAUUCAAAAAUUAGAAAAAGAGAAAAUGCUAAUGAAAGAUUUAUGUCGCUCCCGAUCUAGACAAAUAAAGGAAUUACAGGAUAGAAUAAAAGAAUUGGAAGAAGCGCAAAAUUCACCUACUUUGAGAAUGCAUGAAAUAUUGCAAGAUAGAUCUAAUCAACAGGAUAACAAUGCCACAAAAUUCAAGAGGCAUUUGGAUGUUGGAAAAAAUUCAAAAUCAUAA